AUGGUUGCAGGCAAGAACGAUGAUGCAAUUGCUAAGGCGCUGAGGACGUUGGCUGAAUCCAUUGGUCAGAUCCCUCAAUGUUUCAAAUGUGGCGUUGAAGGUCAUCGUGCUGUUGAUCGUAGUAAGGAUUUUGUGACGUGUUUCAAUUGUGGCAAGAGUGGUCACAGAGCAAACAAUUGUGGAGUUGGUUUGAGCGUGACUUGUUUCAAUUGUGGUGAGAAAGGUCACAUUAGUAUCAAAUGUGAUAAGCCAAAGAAGGAGCAAGCGAAGGGAAAGGUGUUUGCAUUGACUGGUGCGGAGGCCACUACCGAUGAUAGACUAAUCCAAGGUACGUGCUUUAUUAAUGGUACACCUUUGACUGCCAUUAUUGAUACCGGUGCAACACAUUCUUUCAUUUCUUUGGAUUGUGCUAAGAGAUUGAAUCUUAUAUUAUCUGAUAUGCGUAGAAGUAUGGUUAUUGAUACACCUGCUAUGGGUUCUGUUUCUACUUCUUAUGUGUGUCUGAAUUGUCCGUUGAGUAUCUUUGGUAGGGAUUUUGGAAUUGAUUUAGUUUGUCUUCCUUUAGAGCAACUUGAUGUGAUUUUGGGUAUGAAUUGGUUAGAAUUUAAUCGGGUGUAUAUCAACUGUUUCGAGAAGACGGUUAUUUUUCCUGAGGUUGGUGCUAAGGAAGAUUGGUUUGUGUCUGCUAAGCAAGUUGAUGAAUUGGUGCAAGAUGGUGCCGAGUUGUUUAUGUUGUUGGCAACUUUGGAUAUUCGUGAGGAGAGGACGAUUGAAGAAUUGCCAAUAGUUUGUGAGUUUGUGGAGGUAUUUCCGGAAGAUAUAUGUGAUUUACCGCCGGAACGUGAGGUUGAGUUUUCGAUUGAUUUAGUUCCUGGAACUAGUCCUGUAUCGAUGGCUCCCUAUAGAAUGUAUGCUUCCGAGUUGAAAGAGUUGAAGAGUCAACUUGAAGACUUGCUCGAGAAGAGGUUUAUUCGUCCUAGUGUGUCGCCG